GCAAUAACACACAUACGAAGGUACCUCACGACGAGAGGCAACUAGGUCAACCAAUAGAAAACGGAAUCCGAUAUAUAUGUGGACACAUACCUCUAACAGGUAACCUUCGGAGGUACCUCUCUCGCGCUUGGCCACCCCUUCGCGAAUCGCCUCUCUAUUUUCGUCACUCACCUCAAUGACCUCUGACCCUGCCAGAGUGGAACGACGAGAGAGGAAGAAGAAAAAAAGAGACUAAAUACGGCGUACCGAUACAUUCCCCACCUCAAUACAUGAUUAUAUGUUGGUGGUAAACACUCGGUUACGACCUAGCCAUUGCCCGAACCUUGCCCAGCAAUUCCCACGGCUUAUCAUCUUCACACAUCUCCCGCGAACAUGAAUACGCAAUUCAACUCGGCGCUGAAACAAUCGACAUCCAUCAAACGGGAUCUCGCCAGUCUCUCCUCGUCUCCCGAGAGCGCGGCCCCGACGCCUGCCGCGCUCGGCUCCAUCUCGGCUUCGCUAACCGCCUUCUCUCGGACGUUGGACGAGUACAGCGCGCUGGCAAAGCAAGAGCUCAACCCGGCCAAGCAGGAGAAGGCGUACGAGCGCAUCAAGACUUUUCGACUUGACCUGUCGUCAUUCCGAGGGCAGCUCGAGGAGCUGAAGACGCACCACGAAGACGCCCUCCACGCUCAGAAUCGAACCGAGCUGCUGGGUCGCCGGCCCUUCGUUAGCGCCACCCCCGAGAACCCGUACGCGAACGCGCCGACGCCACCGCACCAGUCGCCACCCUCUGCUCCCCUGAACCGAUAUGGCAGCGGUGGACAGCUGAGCAUGGGCAGCAACGACUACACCAGGGAGGCCCACGCCCUGCGGGAGCAGAACUUCUUCGCGAGCACCAACACCGCCCUCGACGAGUACAUCGCGCGAGGGCAGGCCGUGCUCGGCGACCUGGGCACGCAGCGGGAGAUGCUGAAGAAUACCCAGAAGAGGCUGUACAGCGUGGCCAACACGCUCGGCGUCAGCGGCGACACGAUCCGCAUGAUCGAGCGAAGAGCGAAGCAGGACAAGUGGAUCUUCUGGGUCGGGGUGGUGAUAUUCAUCGUCUUUUGCUGGCUGUGUCUCCAUUUCCUACGGUGAUUCUACGUAGCUCGCGGACUUCAAAAAGAAGAACGGGAGUGUUGCCUACGCCGUGGCAAAAAUGGAGUUGCUUGCGAAGGGCUUCUUAAAUGUCACCAAGCUCACUACCCAAUAUUGUGCAGUGUUCAGCGGGGAGUUGUGGUGCUAGUCGGAUAUACACUUUCCAUUCGCUUUCACCCUCAUAA